AUGAAAUUUGAGCAAAGGUUCAAGUUUACCAUUAGUUUUGAUCCAGAAUUUUUACUGAGUGUCCCAGGUAAUUACAAGGGAGGUGAACGUGUUGCUGGUUAUGUUCAUGGGGGCCUCGAUCCUGAAAUGAAUAUCCGCGGAGCAUUUUCUGAAUAUGUUGUCCAAGAAGCAUCGCUGGUUUUUCAUUUUCCAUCAACAAUCUUACCCGAACAAAUUAUUACUUUUCCUCUUGUAUCCAUCACAGCCGCACUUAGAAUUUUCCAUGAAAUGAAAUUAUCACUUCCACCUGCCAAUGUUCAAAUCGAUAUUCUCGUUUGGGCAGGAACAUCACCACAACGUCAUGAAUAUUUAAAAGGACUCGGUGCUGAUAUUUAUUUUGAUUACAAAGAUCCAAAUGUCGUUUCGUUAAUAAAACAAGCAACACAUGGUGAUUUAACUUAUGCGUUCGAUUGUUUCUCCGAAUUUGACUCAACUAAACAAAUUUGUGCAGCAUUAACUGGAAAAGAUUCUCAAUUAGUGACGGUAUUGCCUUUUAUCAGAGCAGAAUUACCAACACAUAUAAAAGAACAUUCAGUGUUGUUGUACACAAUUUUCGGAAUCGAAAGAAAUCUCUUUAGACAAUUUUAUGCUCAACGACAACAAGAUAAAUAA